AUGGCCGCUGAGCGGCUCAUCGCAUCCCAGCCGCCUUUUUGCCUAGCACCCGAAGUGCCUGAGCGACUUCCGUUCGAGAUCGGACGGAUGUUGGACGACCCUCAGAAGGACGUGCAGCAGGAGCAGGCCGGGCCGCAGCAGCAGCGCGGGGUGGGCAUCGUGCCGUUCCUGGAGGGCAAGCAUGUGCUCAUCACAGGCGCCACGGGCUUCAUCGGGAAAGUGCUGGUGGAGAAGAUCCUUCUCGAGCAGCCGCGCGUGGGGCAGAUGUUUUUGCUCAUCCAACCCACGGCGCUCGCCACCGCAUCGCAGCGCUCCGUGCGCUCAGGCCUGCUGCCUCCUUGCGCUCAGGUGCGCUGCCUCCUCGCGCUCAGGUGUGCUGCCUCUUUGCGCUCAGGUGCGCUGCCUCCUUGCGCUCAGGUGCGCUGCCUCCUUGCGCCCAUAUGCGCUGCCUCCUUGCGCUCAGGUGCGCUGCCUCUGUGCGCUCAGGUGCGCUGUCUCCUUGCGCUCAGGUGCACUGCCUUCGUGCGCUCAGGUGCGCUGCCUCCUAGCGCUCAGGUGCGCUGCCUCCUUGCGCUCAGGUGCGCUGCCUCCUUGCGCUCAGGUGCGCUGCCUCCUUUCUCCCCCGCGUCUCCACAACCAAGAUCUCAGUCCAUCGUGCUGCUUCCUGCACCUCCUGCAACAUACGCUCCCUCCCCUCCGCUGCUUCCCUCCCACCAGGUGGUCCCCUCACCCCUCUUCUCGCACCUGCGGCAGCGGCACGAGGAGGGAUACGAGGCGUUCAUGGCGAGCAAGCUCACAGCGGUGGCGGGAAACAUGGCAAGCGACGACCUGGACUGGCUGCAGGCGACGCUGCUACUCUGGCGGACUCGGUAUGACGUGGCACUCAACAUCAACACCUUGGGGCCGAGGCGGCUGAUAGCCUUUGCCAAGCAGUGCAAGCAGCUGCAGCUGGUGGUGCAUGUGUCCACUGGUGAGGCUCAGCUGGUGGUGCAUGUGUCCACUGGUGAGGCUCAGCUGCUGGUGCAUGUGUCCACUGGUGAGACUCAGCUGCUGGUGCAUGUGUCCACUGGUGAGGCUCAGCUGCUGGUGCAUGUGUCCACUGGUGGGGCUCAGCUGCUGGUGCAUGUGUCCACUGGUGAGGUUCAGCUGCUGGUGCAUGUGUCCACUAGCGAGGCUCAGCUGCGCGUGCAUGUGUCCACUCGUGAGGCUCAGCUGCUGGUGCAUGUGUCCACUGGUGAGGCUAAGGUGCUGGUGCAUGUGUCCACUAGUGAGGCUCAGCUGCUGGUGCAUGUGUCCACUGGUGAGGCUCGUGGUCCCUUUGAUGUUCGUGAUCGGCAACGUCGGCUUCCACCUUAA